CUGAAGUGGCAUUUUCUUAUCAAUUUGACAUUGUCAGGAAUACUUCUCAGUCACACUUUAAAGUAAAAUGAUCAUUUUCUUCUUCCUGGCAAUAUUCGUUCAUCUGUCUGCGAGCCAUUCAGCAGACUCUGACAUCAGCGACUGGCAGGGAACAAUGGAAAUGCAGCUUCGCACUCUACAGAAGACUCUGGAUAAAUACGUGAAGAUAAAUGGUCAACUAUUGGAGGAAAAUCAACAACUAAAGACACGAGUUGAUGACAUCGAAAGAAAAAACAAUGACAUGAUGAUUAAAGUUAAAAAUCUGGAGAACGUUAUCGAUGAUUUGAAGAUAAGCCAUGCACAAUGCCGAACUGAUUUCGAUAAGCUUUCCGAGUCGAUUGUAACCAUUUCAGGAGCUAAUGGUGUGAAUAGGAACCAAGAAGUACAAAACGAAACCGAAUCCAUUGUCAUUAGAUUAGAUUCACACGCCUUGGAUAAAUACGGCCAAAAACGAAGAGCUCAACCCAUCUCUGACCCAAGAACGCAACAAAGCCCCGCUUUCCACAGCUAUUUAUCUGCAGAUUCUGUACCAGAUCUUCGUCAACAUCACCCACUUGUAUUUGACACUAUCACAGUUAAUAGAGGUCUAGGCUAUCACACGGAUGAUGGGAUUUUCAUCGUUCCCACAUCAGGCGUCUAUGUGUUUGCCUGGACCAUUGCCGUUCAAACAAAUGGCUGGGCUAGCGUUGAGAUUGUUGUCAACGGUUCUGUUUCUGGAUCAGCUUUUGCGAGCAGCUCGACUGCAUGGGACGAAGCUGCUGGUUUAAUUAUAGUGAAUGUGAAUGCUGGGGACCAUGUCUACAUCAGGAUGCAUGAAAAUGGCAACGGCGUAGUAAGCAGCAAUGGUAGAGGACGAACCUCAUUUUCGGGCUGGAGUCUGUCUUAAUACAGAUUGUUUAUACAUCAUGUAGACCGAUUUCUGCUGAUAAGUACUUGCUGCAUUAAAAUGGUAUUGAAUAUGUAUUGCCUGUCUCCAAUAUUUUGACGUUGUGAAGUUGGAUGUCGUGCAAGAUCAUCUUUUGUGACAUUGAUUCUCUGAUUAACGAAAAUGGAGAUUAUAUUUCACAGUUACGGACAACAUGAACUAAAUGAAUUAUACAAGGAAAUAUAUUCAAGCAUUUUGAUUUUA